AGGAAGAAGACGAAGAGAAUCCAAUGCGAAGAAGACUAUCGUCUCUUUUUCUAAUUACCAAUCGCAGCAUCGCGUCUCGACAACAUUACCACACAUCUCGACCUGACAAACCCACGAAGAAAGCCAACAACAACAGCCAUGAACCAACAGCACACAAGUUCACCAGGAAGCCAUGGGAGGAGGUGCCGUUUCUCACCGAUCUCAAAGAGACAGAAGACCCAGAGGAAGCUCUUUCUCUCUUCAACCAUUAUCAGGAAAUGGGUUUCCGACACGACUACCCAUCUUACUCUUCUCUCAUCUACAAGCUCGCCAAGUCCCGUAACUUCGAUGCUGUCGACCAAAUUCUCCGCUUAAUCCGCUACCGAAACGUUCGUUGCAGAGAAUCCCUCUUCAUGGCGUUGAUUCAGCAUUACGGGAAAGCUGGUUCGGUGGAUAAAGCCGUCAAUGUUUUCCACAACAUUACCUCCUUCGACUGUGUUCGUACGAUUCAGUCCCUGAACACACUCAUCAACGUUCUCGUCGAUAACAGCGAGCUGGAAAAGGCUAAAAGCUUAUUCCACGGAGCAAAGGAUAUGCGUUUACGUCCCAAUUCGGUAUCUUUCAACAUAUUGAUCAAAGGGUUUCUUGGUAAUUGCGAUUGGGAAGCUGCAUGUAAGGUGUUCGAUGAAAUGCUUGAGAUGGAAGUGCAACCGACUGUGGUGACGUACAAUAGCCUGAUUGGAUUCUUAUGCCGAAAUAACGAUCUGGGCAAGGCCAAGAGCUUGCUUGAAGAUAUGAUUCAGAAAAGAAUACGCCCCAAUGCUGUGACAUUUGGGUUGUUGAUGAAAGGUUUGUGUUGUAAAGGAGAGUACAAUGAAGCGAAGAAGUUGAUGUUCGACAUGGAGUAUCGUGGGUGUAAACCAGGCCUUGUGAAUUAUGGGGUUUUGAUGAGUGAUCUUGGGGCGAGAGGAAAAAUAGAUGAGGCAAAGCUUCUACUAGGAGAGAUGAAGAAAAGGCGGAUCAAACCAGAUGUUGUGAUCUAUAAUAUUCUAGUAAACCAUCUUUGUAGUGAGGGUAGAGUCCCCGAGGCUUAUAGAAUGCUGACUGAGAUGCAGAUGAAAGGUUGUAAGCCGAAUGCAGCUACAUACCGUAUGAUGGUUGACGGGUUUUGUCGUAUUGGCGAUUUUGAUUCAGGGUUGAAUGUUUUGAAUGCAAUGCUUGCAAGCAGACACUCUCCUACACCUGCAACAUUUGUAUGUCUGGUUGCUGGGCUGAUAAAAGGUGGCAACUUGGAUCAUGCUUGCUUUGUGUUAGAGUUGAUGGGAAAGAAAAAUUUAAGCUUUGGAUCUGGUGCUUGGGAAAACCUACUUUGUGAUCUCUGCAUCAAAAAUGGAGGAGCUUGUUCUGAGGCUUUGUCAGAAGUGAUAUCUAUCUAAGCGUGACCUCUUUAAGACUGCAAGGUACUCUUCUUCCUGGUUUUGGCCCUCGCCAUUACUUUUGUCUCAGCUGGUCGGAUUCUUAAUGAAGAAGAAGAUAUUGGGUUGGUCCCUUUGCCUACCACAAGUUCAGGCCCCUUUCCCAUUCCUAGUUCAGUUCCUGCAACUGGUAUCGCUUUUGGUACAGGUCCAGCCUCAGGCGGUUCAGUUCCCUUGACUUCUACUUUUACUAGCCCCGGACCUCUACCAACCACUGGUUCUAGCCUUUUACCGGUUGCUAGUGCGAGUCCCUUGCCUGUUACUGGCCCUGGUCCUCUACCCACCACUGGUUCUGGUCCCUUACCGGGUGCUAGUUCGGGUAUUUUCUCUAGUGCAGGUUCAGGGCCUUUGCC